UCAGCAGAUCAGUAAGGAGAUGCAGCUGAACGUUUAAUUUUGAAAAGCUAGUCCAGAAAGAAAAGCUCUAAAUUUCCAAAGGACCUGCUAAUAAGAACUACAUAUUUCUAGCAUCUUACUAGAAAGAACUGGGAGCCUUGAAAAUCCAAGUGGAAGUGGAGGAAAGAAAAGAGGACAGGCAAUGACAACGAUGGAAGGAGGGCUCACACGGAGAACAAGAGAAGCCAUCAGAAGGCAAGUGCUGUUUCUGUUCCUAUUCUGGUCUCCAUUCUGCUGGGUGGUAUCUGAGCAGGUCCACUAUUCAGUUCCAGAGGAAACAGAGAAGGACUCCUUUGUGGGGAACCUUGCUAAGGAUUUGGGACUGGAUGUCAGAGAGCUGUCAAAACGCAAGCUUGGUAUCUCUUCAGGAAAGCAAUACUUUGCUUUGAAUGAACAAAAUGGCAACCUGUAUGUGAAGGACAGGAUAGACCGGGAAGAGAUUUGUGGAAAAUCAUCUACGUGUGUCAUAAAAUUAGAAGUUGUAGCUCAAGAUCCUUUGAAUAUUUUCCAUGUAAAUGUUUUUAUCCAAGACAUUAAUGAUAAUGCCCCACAUUUCCAAGAAAAGGUGAUCAAACUUCAAGUGAGUGAGUCUCAUCUGCCAGGAGCUCGGUUUUCUCUUGGAAAUGCUGAAGAUGAGGACAUUGGAAUCAACUCCCUCCAGCAUUAUCGUUUGAGCCCAACUCCAUAUUUUAAGCUAGAAAUUCAAGAGAGCAAAGAUGGUGGCAAAUAUGCAGAAUUAAUAUUGCAGAAACAACUGGAUCGGGAAACAGAACACGUACACCACAUGGUCCUUAUAGCUAUAGAUGGGGGGGAAUCUACAAAAACUGGGACAGCUAAAAUAUUGGUAACAGUUCUUGAUAAUAAUGAUAAUACACCCAUCUUCUCCCAGUCAACCUACAAGGUAAGCUUGAAAGAGAAUGCACCCAGAGGAACAUCUGUGCUUCAAGUUAAAGCUUCUGACAGCGAUGAAGGGUCAAAUGCUGAAAUCACAUAUACUAUCAGCAAAAUCCAAGAUACCGCCCAGAAGAAAUUUCAUCUGGACCCCAGAGAUGGAACAAUGACACUUAUGGAAAGUAUCGAUUUUGAGGACAGAAGAAACUAUGUGAUGAUAAUACAGGCAAGUGAUGGAGGUGGAUUGGUGGCACAUUGCAAUGUGGAGAUUGAGGUUCUUGAUGAGAACGACAAUGCUCCAGAUGUGAUCCUUACCUCUGUGUCCAGUCCAGUCCCAGAAGGUGCUGCUCCUGGAGGUGUGAUUGCUCUCAUCAAAGUUCAUGAUACAGAUUCUGGAGAGAAUGGGGAAGUCACUUGUCAUCUGGGAGAACUGGUACCAUUCCAGAUAGUCUCAUCUUCAGAUAACUACUUCAAGCUGCUCAUAGAAGGUCCGCUUGACAGAGAAAGGACCCCGGAGUAUAAUAUUACAAUCACAGCCACAGACAAAGGCACACCUCCUCUCUCCACACACAAAACCAUCUCAAUACAGAUCUCAGAUAUCAAUGAUAAUCCUCCCACCUUUGAAACAUCUUCCUAUACCGCCUACUUUCCAGAGAACAACCCAUCUGGAGCUUCCAUUUUCCACGUCAAGGCCUCUGACCCAGAUCUGGAACGCAAUGCCCAAAUCACUUACUCCAUUCUCAAGAGCAACAUUGAGGAUCUGCCUCUGUCCUCCUAUAUCUCCAUUAACUCUGAGACUGGAAGCCUCUAUGCUCAGCGCUCCUUCGACUAUGAGCAAUUCAGGGAGUUUCAGAUCCAAGUGAAGGCCCAAGAUGGAGGCUCCCCACCCCUCAGUAGCAGCGCCACGGUGAGAGUUGUGUGUUGGACAGGAAUGAUAACACUCCCCAGAUCCUGUACCCAUCCCAAGCAGCGGAGGGUUCAUCUUUCUUUGAGAUGGUGCCUCGGUCAGCUGAGCCAGGUUAUCUCGUGA